GUGUCAAGACCUGUGGCCGGGGAUAAGGUGGUACCUGGGGCUCGGGUGUUCACCCAGUCAGCCUUGCAGUUACCCGCACGGUUCUUUCUCGGCGUCUCCGAGGCCUUGGCGCUCCGAGAACCAAGCUCGUUUCUGUCCGCAGGUUCGGAGAGGGCCAUGGAGGUGCGGCCGCCGGCGCCACGGAGCACCCUCUGCAGGGCGCUGGGUCCUUUCCCUAGGGUCUUUGCUGCGGAAGCUGUGGCUGACAGUUCCGUGGCCACCGAUUCGGAGGACCAGAAGCUGCCUUCCUUCGUCCCAGAACCCCAUUACCACGAGUCCGGAUGGGACCGCCUCCGGGAGCUGUUUGUCAAAGAUGAACAGCAGAGAACUUCAAAGGAACUUGAGAAUAUUUAUAGGGCAGCAGUUUCAGCAGGCAUCAUUGGCUGGGCAUAUGGGGGAAUACCAGCUUUUAUUCAUGCUAAACGACGCUACAUUGAGCAGAGCCACGCAGAAAUUUAUCAUAACAGGUUUGAUGCUGUGCAAUCUGCGCACCGUGCUGCUACUCGAGGCUUCAUCCGGUAUGGCUGGCGCUGGAGCUGGAGAACUGCAAUGUUUGUGACUAUAUUCAACACAGUGAACACUGGUCUAAAUGCAUACCGAGAUAAAAAUGCCCUAAGCCAUUACGUCAUCGCAGGAGCUGUCACAGGAAGUCUUUUUAGAAUAAGUUUAGGCCUGCGUGGUCUGGUAGCUGGUGGCAUAAUUGGAGCCUUGCUAGGCACUCCUAUAGGAAGCCUGUUGAUGGCACUUCAGAAGUACUAUGGUGAGACAAUUCAGGAGAGAAAACGGAAGGACCGAGAAGCACUCUAUGAGCUGAAACUGGAAGAGUGGAAAGCCAGACUACAAUUUACUGAGCACCUGCCUGAAGAAAUUGAAAGUAACCUACAGAAAAAUCAAUCCAAGGAUGAUGCUAAGAAAAUUGAAGCACUGCUAAAUCUUCCUAGAAACCCCUCAUCAGAUAAACAAGACAAGGACUGAAAAUGUUCUGGACUUGAAACUCACUGGGGAGUGGAAGGGAGCUAACGCUGUCAUGCCCAGAGAGUGCCAGUGCUCAGGCUGCUCGCUGGUCAGCCUGGUGACAACUGUCAGCACGAGCACCUGUCGUGGCAGUGACGUGCUCUUGCCUUUUCUUUAAAACCAAGAAUUGGGGUAUUAUACUCUCAUUUUACUUAUCCUUAAAUUUAAAUACAUACAUAUAUUUAUAUUGGUCAAUAUAUGUAUUUGAAAUAUCUAUAUUGAUUGAUCA